AUGUUGAAGAGAAGCAGGAGCAUCGGUGAUGACGGAGAGAAUGUGUCGAGCGAGACGAAAAGGAAGAAGGCAGACAACUCAUCUGAUUCAACAGACUUGUCUCAUCAUGAUUACACAGUGGGAUGGGUCUGCGCGUUGCCUAAGGAGCAGACUGCGGCAACUGCCAUGCUGGAUCAGAGGCAUGCCAAUCUCCCGAAACCGCCAAGUGACCAAAACGCAUACACUCUUGGAUCUGUCGGUAAGCAUAAUGUUGUUAUAGCUUGCCUACCCAAAGGCAAGGUCGGCACCACUCCAGCGGCAACUGUCGCGGCCUGGAUGAUCUCCACGUUUCCAUCCAUCAAGUUCGGCUUGAUGGUAGGCAUUGGCGGCGGCAUUCCACCCAAAGUUCGGCUCGGCGAUGUCGUCGUCAGUACACCCACAGGCCAGUUUCCUGGCGUAGUCCAAUGGGACUCCGGCAAGAGUGGUAGUGGUGGCUUCGAGCGAACCGGCGCUCUCGACAAUCCCCCAACCUCGCUUCUUACGGCUCUGACGAAAUUGGAGACGGAGCAUGAAUUAAACGGGUCCAAGAUACCGGAGUACCUUGACGAACUGAAAACGAAAUGGCCAAGACUGGCAGCAAAGUAUAUGAAGUCCGAUUCACUUGAGGACGUGUUGUUCAGAGCGGAUUAUAGCCACGUUAGUGAGACCACCGCCGUCUGCGAAGUCGCCGAGGAUAUCGAUGAUGCAGACGAGAAAGAAGAGAGCUGCCGACUUUGUGAUAGGAAAGAGGUUGUCAAGAGGAAGCCGAGAGAUAUGCGUGUGCAUUACGGUCUCAUCGCAUCCGGUAAUCAGGUUAUCAAGGACGCUGCCUUCCGAGAUAAACUCAACAGGGAUCUUGGUGGCAAUGUUCUAUGUGUGGAAAUGGAAGCGGCGGGAUUGAUGAACAACUUCCCGUGCAUCGUCAUCCGGGGCAUCUGCGACUAUGCCGACUCCCACAAGAACAAGGACUGGCAGGAGCAUGCUGCGGCUAUGGCGGCAGCGUUUACGAAGGAACUUCUGGAACAUUCACAGCCAAGUGAUGUUGACGGAGAGCGUACAGUGAAGGAUGUCCUAGGCAAGGUUGAAGUAAACGUUGCCAAGAUCAAGUCCAAGCUGGAUCGGGAUGAAGAAAUCAGGAUCCUGAAUUGGCUCACACAGGUCGAUUACGGUCCCCAGCAGACAGACUUCAUCAACCGUCGACAGAAAGAUACCGGCCAAUGGCUUCUGGACUCGGCAGAGUACCAGGCUUGGCUGCAGGCUGGGAAGCAGACGCUGUUCUGUCCAGGUAUCCCCGGAGUGGGCAAGACGAUCUUCACUUCAAUUGUGAUUGACGACCUCACCACGAGGUUUCAUGACAACCCGGAUAUCGGCAUCGCGUAUAUCUAUUGCAAUUUCCGCCGAUGGGACGAACAGAAGGCCGGUGACUUGCUUGCAAGCCUUCUGAAGCAGCUGAGCCAGGGGAGGUCUUCUCUACCAGCCCACGUGAAAGCCCUCUAUGAGAAGCACAAGGACAAGCGAACUCGCCCGUCGUUUGAUGAAAUCUCAGGCGCUCUCCAUUGGGUCUCAGCUAUGUACUCUAAAGUCAUUAUCAUUGUCGACGCACUCGACGAAUGCCAGCCAUCUGACGGUUGUCAGCUCCUGUCACAUAUUUUCAGUCUGCAGGCUGACAAUGCAGUGAGCUUUUUCGCAACUUCACGACCCAUUCCAGACAUUGAAGGAUACUUUAAAGAGUGUCUUAGACUUGAGAUCAUCGCCAGCGAUGAAGAUGUACGCAGAUAUGUCCAUGGCCACAUGUCGCAUCUCCCCAAGUUUGUCUGCAACAGGCCGGAUAUACAGGAAGAGAUCGAGGCUGAAAUCGCAGGGGCCGUGGAGGGAAUGUUCCUCCUAGCGCAGCUCUAUCUCGACUCGCUGAAAGACAAGACUUCAGUGACGGAAAUGAAAUCUGCGCUGAAGAAAUUCAGGAAGCAAAGCCAGCAAGGACCAGGAGAAGAUGGGAAGCGCGACGUGUUAGAGCAAGCUUAUGACCAAGCAGUGGAGAGAAUAGACAGUCAGAUGACGGGCUUUCGACUGCUUGGAAGGAAGACUCUAUCAUGGAUCUGCUGUGCAAAGCGGCCGCUAACUACGUAUGAGCUGCAGCACGCUCUUGCAGUAAAGACAGGGGAUACCGAACUUGACAAAGACAAUCUUCGAGGAAUCGAAGACGUGGUGUCAGUGUGUGCUGGCUUGGUCACAGUCGAUGAAGAGAGCAACAUCCUCCGUUUGGUCCAUCACACAGCACAGAAAUACUUCGAACGAGCGCAGAAGGUUUGGCUUCAAGAUGCAGAGACUGAGAUUACGACAGCAUGUGUCACAUAUCUUUCGUUCAACACAUUUGAACGCGGGCCGUGUGUUACGGACGAGGAAUUUGAGCAGCGACUGCAGCAGAACUCGCUCUAUGGCUAUGCGGCGCGAAAUUGGGGGCAUCAUGCUCGAAGAGCGUCUCCACUGGUGCAUGAGUUGAUUCUGGGCUUUGUUGAGAGUGAAGCCAAAGUUUCUGCGUCCAGCCAGGCGAUGCUGGCUUCGAAACUCUUUGGUGGAGACUCCGGCUAUGCACAAAGAGUGCCGAAGCAAAUUACUUGUGUACAUCUUGCUGCAUCCUUCGGACUAUUGGAAACGAUGAUCUAUCUUCAAAGCAGGCAUAGUUUAGAUGUCAGAGACUCUCGCGGGCGAACGCCACUAUCGUUGGCGGCAGAGAACGGACACGAGGCCGUAGUCGAUUUGCUACUCGAGAAGGAUGUUGACCUUGAGACAAAAGACAAUGAUGACCCCACGCCGCUGUGCUUAGCUAUCAAUAACAGGGACGAAGCGGUAGUUAAGCUCUUGCUUAAGAAGGAUAUUAACCUCGAGGUAAAGGAUCACAAUGGUUACACACCACUGUUGCAGGCAGUUAUGAAGGGGCACGAGGUAGUGGUCAAACUCUUACUCAAGAAGGGUGUUGACCUCGAGGUACAGGAUAGCGAUGGCUGUACAGCGUUGUGGUGGGCAGUCGAAAAUAGGAAUGAGGCAGUGGUCAUGCUCUUGCUCGAGAAUGGUGUUAACCUUGAGGUCAAGGAUAGCAAUGGUAACACACCGCUGUUACGGGCAGUCCGCAAUGGAGGCGAGGCGGUAGUAAAGCUACUGCUCGAGAAUGGUGCCGAUAUGGAAGCAAAAGAUGAUGACUUUGGCUUCACACCACUCUUCUGGGCUAUUGACCAGAGGUAUGAGACGGUAGUCAAACUCCUGCUCGAGAGGGGUGCUGACGUCGAAGCAAAAGAUGAUGCGUUUGGCUUCACCCCACUGUUAUGGGUUGUUAGCAAUGGGGACGAGAUGCUGACCAAAUUGCUGCUGGAGAACGGCGCUAAUCUCGAGCCCAAAGAUAACAAUGGCCUUACGCCACUGUCUUUGGCGGCCCUCAGGGGGGACGAGGGGGUGAUCAAGCUACUCCUGGAGAAGGACGUUGACCUUGAGGCGAAAGACAAUCAUGGCCUCACGCCGCUGUUUUUAGCGGUCCACAGCAAUAAUGCGGGGGUGGUCAAGAUCUUGCUCGAGAAGGGCGUUAACCUUGAGGUAAAGGAUAGCAACGGCUACACGGCUCUAGGGUGGGCACUCGAGAAGGGGUAUGCCGAGGUAGUCAAGCUGCUGCAAACUGAGCUACAAUAG